CAACUGGUGCCCAACGCAAUGUGUGUUUGUCAAACCAUGGAAGUGGGCAAGUAUGGCAAGAACGCCACUCGAUCCGGAGACCGGGGGGUCCUGUUGGAGCCUUUCAUUCACCAGGUGGGCGGCCACAGCAGCAUGAUGCGCUACGACGACCAUACUGUGUGCAAGCCCCUCAUUACCAGAGAGCAGCGCUUCUAUGAAUCUCUGCCCCCUGAAAUGAAGGAGUUCACACCUGAGUACAAAGGUGUAGUAUCUGUCUGUUUUGAGGGAGACAGCGAUGGUUACAUUAAUCUGGUGGCCUAUCCCUAUGUGGAGAACGAGGCUCUGGAGCAGGAUGAUAUGCCAGAGAGGGACCAGCCACGACGCAAGCACUCGCGUCGGAGCCUUCACAGAUCAAGCAGCGGCACUGAGCACAAGGAGGAAAAGCCUGGCCUGGCCAGUGACAGCACCGAAAGCAUCCAGGAGACAAAGAGUCCCAGGGUGGACUUGCACAUCCAUUCAGAUGUUCCAUUUCAGAUGUUGGAUGGGAACAGCGGUCUGAGCUCUGAAAAGAUCAGCUAUAACCCCUGGAGCCUGCGCUGUCAUAAGCAGCAGCUGAGCCGCAUGCGGUCGGAGUCCAAGGACCGAAAACUCUACAAGUUCCUUUUGCUGGAGAACGUGGUGCAUCACUUCAAGCUUCCCUGCGUACUUGAUCUGAAGAUGGGGACCAGACAGCAUGGAGAUGAUGCGUCUGAGGAGAAGGCUGCUCGGCAGAUGAAAAAGUGUGAACAGAGCACUUCUGCCACCUUGGGCGUGCGUGUGUGUGGGAUGCAGGUCUAUCAGCUGGACACAGGGCAUUACUUAUGCAGGAAUAAAUACUAUGGACGCGGUCUCUCCAUUGAGGGCUUCCGCAAUGCCCUCUACCAGUAUCUCCACAACGGCAUUGAGCUGCGCAAGGACCUCUUUGAGCCUAUCCUCGCCAAACUGCGAAGCCUGAAGGCGGUUUUGGAGAGACAGGCCUCCUACCGCUUCUACUCCAGCUCCCUUCUCAUCAUUUACGAUGGGAAGGACAGCAGGGCAGGGAUGUUCGUGGAGCGCCGGCCAGAGAUGCGCCUGAAGCGGGUGGACAGCUCUCUCCCAGAGAGCCUUCAGGAUGGCGGCAGCACGGAGCCCGGCUCCUCGGCCCAGCCCAAGGUGGAUGUGCGUAUGAUUGACUUUGCGCACAGCACGUUCAAAGGCUUUCGUGAUGACCCCACUGUGCAUGACGGACCCGACAUGGGUUAUGUAUUCGGGCUGGAAAGCCUCAUCAACAUCAUGGAACAGAUGCGUGAGGAAAACCAGUAGCCCUGGGCUACAGCCUCUUCUUCUUGUCCUGGUGGCAGGAGCAGACAAGACCACCUACUACCACAGGAAAAAAGCAGACAACUUUGGUUU